AUUUAUGAUCACUAGAAAGGAAGAAAAUCUGCCACCGCCGUGUGCAAGUGCAUGCCAUAGAAAACUGAUCUAAUUAUAAGACGCUUGAAAUUUAUCGGCUUUCCUGACAGCAAUUUCCGACAGUUCCCUGUGAUACGCAUCUUUUUCUAAAACGGAUGCAUCGGUCCUGAGAGAUCUAAACUCCGUCCACUGCGUAAAAGGGGUUUUAGAGCUUUUGGCCUGUGGAUUUGGUGAAAUCAAUUUAGGAAGUAAAUCUACUUCACAGACAUCAACGUUGAAGGAUAUGAAGAAGAGUAGUACCAAAAGUUCUACUGUUGCAAUGUUCCGAUUACGAUCGGAUCGAUUCUCAUCGGGCGACAACAUUCCGCUAGUGUUCCACCGCCAAAUGAAUGGUGAUAUUUCGUUGCAAAUAGAUGGAAACUCAAAAUCCAUCAUUCGGAGCAUGGCGGUCCCUUUCUCUAACAAGUCUGACUUCAUCUACUCGACACAAUCAUCUGAUGAAAGCGAAUUUGUAAGGAUGCAGAUGCUCGUUGAACAAUUUCCAAUAGAAAACCCUGACGUCGCCAAGGCGCUUGUUAGCCAUAUUAUUGAGCUAAUGCGAACUACUAAUUCUGUGACUUUGAAAUGUGAUUUAAAUGCUUACCUGAAUAACAUUAGUAUUAGUCGUAACUUAUCUAUAAAAGAAUGCUCCACUCAAAGUCGAGCUGAAGCAACAACAGUCAUCCCAGUUUCUCACCGUCGACACGGCUCGUAUACAAAGUUUGACGAUUUGUUGAUUUUGGUUGCAAAUGAGAAGUCACUCCUAAAACGUGCGCAAGUUGAAUCUCAAGGCAGACUAUUACCACGAUUGCGAUUAUGUGGUGGUGGAGAAGAUUCCAUCAACAACGGCACCAGCGCAUGGGGAACUCCACCUGGGGCAGCAAGCGGUUCUAGCGCUUGGGGGAUUCCCAAUCAACAACCACCACCCUCUGCUUGGGGUGGUACUGGAGGCAACGUUAACAACACUAAUAAUAUAAACAACAACAACAAUCAACCAGCAACGAGUCAAUCGCAACGCCAACAGCAGCCAUCACAACAAUCACAGGAUCAGAAUGCUAAUAAAGCACCACAACCGAUUCCAAACACCACUAACAGUCCUCCGAACGCAUGGAAUCGCAAUCCACCAUCCUCCGUUGGACCGAAUCCGAAUAUUGCGAACAACAAUAAUCAACAACCUCCAUCGCAGCAGCAACCGCAACCUCCACAGCAACAGCAGCAACAACCGCAGCUAGUACUGGCUAACAAUGGUAACGUUGCAGCGAAAAGUCAAUUGGAGCAGUUGAGUAACUUGAGAGAGGCUCUGUUCAGCCAAGAUGGUUGGGGCUGCCAGCAUGUUAACCAGGAUACAAACUGGGAAGUACCAGGAUCACCGGAACCCGGCAAACCCGAACAAAACAACGCAGCCGGUGGACCGCCAAACCCAGCAGCUACGAAUUGGAAACCAUGCACCCAGAACAAUGGCACCGAGCUUUGGGAAGCCAAUUUGCGGAACGGUGGUCAACCACCGCCGCAGCCUCCACAAAUCCAGAAAGCUCCUUGGGGACCGUCUACUAAUAUUGGAGGAACGUGGGGUGAAGACGACGAUUCGGCAGAGGCGAACGUUUGGAAUGGAGGACCAGUUGCAAAUCAACAAGCGGCUGUGCCGCAAGCAUGGGGUCAAGCUAAUCCUCCCAUGUGGCCUCCGGGUGCUGGGCCUAACCCUGCAGUUGUCAAGAAAGAAAAUGAUUGGGCUCCAGUGGGAGUGAUUGGUGGAAGCUCAGGAACAGCACCACCACUUCCCCCAACUGUUUCUUCCUGGGAUACAAGAAGUGGUUCAGUUCCAGCUGUGAAUAUCCCAGGACCAAUUGGUCAGAACACACCUAUUGAUGCCGCUCGUGAAAUUCGAGGUGAUCCACGUGGUAUAUCCGGUCGCUUGAAUGGAAAUGUCGGAAUGUGGGACCAAUCAAAUGUUCCCAAUAUGCAAAAUGCAUCCACAAAGAUGCCACAGAGUGCUAUUCCGGCACCUGCCGUUCCUGGUCUUGGUAAUCAGUGGAAUACACCCGUGCCGAACAAGCUUCCUGGCUGGGAUGAUACACCAUCACCGAUGGCGCCGAGGCCUUCGGUUGAUGAAGGUCCUACUGCAUUGUGGAAUCAGGGACCGUUGUCUCGACAAAAUUCAAACAUAUCCAACUGGAAGGACAUGUCGGAAAAUAUUGCACGCAACCCUAUGGCCCGUGCACCUUUGGGUGGAGGGAAUAAUCUGCCUUUAGGUCCCGUCAAUCGAGCGGUCCGCUUAGGUGGUAUGAAUCCAGGAAUGAAACCAGACAACAGCAUGUGGGGGCAAAACCCAGGACUGCCUCUCAAUGGUUCUUGGGAAGAACCGACUGUUAAUAGCUGGGAGGACAAAGGUAUUGGCAACAGUGGUCCAUGGAACGAUUUCGGGCAAAAUAAUCUGUGGAACAAAAGUAAACAGAGUGCAAGUGGUUGGCCUGAUUCCAACGAUAUGAUGGGCGGCGGUUCUGGUAAUGAUUGGACAAUGAAUAAACCACCAAAUAAGAUGAGUCCAGCUGAGUUCAUCCGCAGUAGUAAACAGUAUCGCAUGUUGUGUGAGAACGGAUUUAAGAAAGAAGAUGUGGAAUUGGCGUUAAGAUCAACAAACAUGAACUUUGAAGAAUCGUUAGACUUGUUACAGCGUCAUGGUGGCGGUGGAGCUCUUAACGAUUGGCGCCGUCCAGAUGAUCAUCCUAAUAAUGCAUUUGAUGCACCAUUUUCCAAUCGAUUCCCAUCAGGGCAUGGCGGAGGAAUGCCUUUCUCACAGGGCCCUUCGGGUCACUCGUCAUUCUCACAAGGUCCCAAUCCAUUAGUAGCAGCAGCAGCCGGAGGCGGUAAUCCACAAAAUUUGCAAGCACAACCAUCAACGCAACAGUUAAGAAUGCUUGUGCAACAAAUUCAAAUGGCUGUACACGCGGGUUUUCUAAACCAUCAGAUAUUAAACCAACCUUUGGCACCACAAACCCUACUUCUACUGAAUCAGUUGCUCAAUCACAUUAGGCAAAUGCAACACAUCCAGAGCAACCUCGCUAGGAGUGGUGGUGCGACGGGAGUUAGCACAGUGCAGUUAACAAUGCAAAUAAAUAAACAUAAAGCCCAGAUCUCGCAGUUGCAACAACAAAUUGCUGCACAACAAGCAAAUUAUGUCAAGCAGCAACAACAACAGCAUCAAUUAGGUGGACCACACCAACCGCCUGGAACCCCAGGUGGUAUCAGUUCUGGUUUGGGUGGUGCAGAUUUUCUACGACAGCAGGAUCUAGUUGCACUGCAGAAUAAUUUUGCCGAUAUGGCUUUAGGUAAAGAACCAGUAACACCAACUGGUGUCUUUCCUGCAGGUGCUGCCGCUGCUGCAGCUGGCGUAAAUCCUACUGCGGCUGGAGGAGCACCUUCAGUCACUAGUCAACAGUCUCGUCUCAAUCAAUGGAAAUUACCGUCACUAGAUAAAGACAACGGUGCUGGUGGCUCCAAUGAUCUCACGGAUUUCUCACGUGCACCAGGCACAACCGCCAAAUCAACACUGUCAACUACUAGUUCCAACAUCGGCUCUCUAGGGCUUCAAGAUGGAACCUGGUCUUCCGGCCGUUCCAAUCUGGCUGAUGGCUGGCCUGAUCAAUCAUCCGGGGAGUCCGGAAACAAAGAAUGGGCGCCAGCGCAGGACAACGCGGCCUUUUCUGAUCUGGUUCCGGAAUUUGAACCCGGCAAGCCUUGGAAGGUACAGGGAACGCAGAUGAAGAUCGAGGAAGAUCCCAGUAUUACCCCGGGUAGUGUAGCACGCGGCCCACUGUCACUUGUCACAGCAAAAGAAACAGAUCUUUUUGGCGUCCCUGGAGGCAAAACAUCACCCAAUGACGGAAUGGGACUAGCGUCUUCCACUUGGAGUUUCAAUGCAUCCCAGUCAUCUUCGAAAAUGGUCGGUGGAACCAAUGUAAGUAAGGCUGGAGCCGGAGGUUGGCCCGAAAAUAUGACAUCCUCUGCAACACCUGGUAGCAGUUCAGAUCUAUGGGGUAACACAAUGGGUAAAACUACUCGUGGGCCGCCUCCUGGAUUAGGUGCUAACAAAAAUGCAGCUGCCGCAAACGGCUGGUCCGGUGCAGGUACAGGUGCUCAACGCCCCGGAAACAACUGGUCUAGCGGAAAUGGAUGGGGAUCUACUUGGUUGUUAUUGAAAAAUCUCACUUCGCAGAUCGACGGUGCCACAUUGCGAACUUUAUGCAUGCAACAUGGACCUUUGCUGAGCCUGCAACUCUUUUCCAAUCACGGUCUAGCGCUUUGCAAAUACUCUUCUCGUGAGGAGGCUAAUAAAGCUCAACAGGCACUCAAUAAUUGUUCCCUGGGAAGCACGACGAUCGGAGCAGAAUCGCCAAGCGAAACGGAAGUACAAGGUUACUUACAGCAGCUUGGUGUCCCAACAGCGAAUGUUCCACUUGGAGGUGGUGGAAAUGUGUUGCCUCCUCCCAGCAGCAGCAGCAGCAGCAAUGUUACGAGUGUCUCUCAAUCUUGGCGUCAUACUCCUAGAUCUGGUGGUGCUGAUACGUGGGGAUCAGGAUGGCCGCCGUCUAGCACUGGAGGUGGCAGCAACCUCUGGGCACCACUCGAGGGAGGCACUGAACGGGGAACUCCUUCCAAUUUGAACUCAUUUUUGCCAGAAAGUUUACUCGGUACUGAACUAAAUUAAAAACCGCACCUUUACCUCUCUCCACAUUCAAAAUGGUCUCGAGAGCAUCAUAAGGCGUUGAAAGUUUAAUUACUUAUUCUUUUUUUCUGCUAGAAGGUUGUGUUUUACGUAUAUAUUUUAAAAGGAAUACUAUUUAUUGUUUAUAAUUUUCUUUGUGAAAUAAAAGAAAAUCACACAAUUGCAUUCAGAAAUGUGAAAAAAGUCUUUGUUUUUAGUUGAUUUUGUUGAUGCUUAUUUGCGCUACUUAGGAAUCGUCCCGUUGGAACCCUUAAGUCAUAAGAAAACAGAAGAAAGUAAAUCUAACAAACAAAAAAACAUGCAAUUCUCUAGCGGUGAUUUUAAAUGUUUCGAUCCUAAGAUGGAAACCGUUGUUAAAAAGCAUACAUAAUAAGGCGCACUAACAAAACCACUUACUCAAAAAUACAAAUUUACAACGCCCCCUUCCCUUUAUUCAGAUCUGUUGAAAUCCUAGUCGAAUCGCGAAAAGUAAACUUAUACCUAUACACAGACACAAUGAUGGCUAGAAAAGAAAUAACUAAGGAAAACUAAUCACGCGCAUUUUUUUUCCUUCAACUAUUGCAAACGUGUGAGAGUACACAACAUAACUUUUUCUAGUUAUUGAAUAUGAAAAAAAAAACGUUUUAAUAUUCAUAUAGUGGAAACUUUGAACAGUGUAAACUAGUUUGAGUAGUGAAAAGAAAACAAAUAAAUGAGACAUACACAUUUAGUAUUAAUGGCAAAAUAGCAGUCAGUUUUUUAGCUUUUAAGAUAAGUAGAGAUACAUUAAAACAGAGAUAUAGAAAUUUGAGGUAUAUGAGAAAAUUCAAACUAUAUUUAUUAAUUUUAAUAUACAUCAAGGCAAGAACAUUAAAUUUACUGUAUAUGAGGAAUAUACAUGAAUGUUAUUAUUGAAUUAUUUUUGAAUUUAUUUAGAUAUCUGAAUAAAAGAGCAUGAAAUUGCAACACG